CUCGCUCGGCCCAGCCUCGGGGCGGGGGCGGGAUGCCAGGGCCCUGACAGCUGGACCCUGGGCUCGGGCAGGCGGCCAGCUAGCGGGGGGUGGGGGGGGGAGCGGCCCGCCAGGCCUCAGUUUACCAGAUGGUAAGGGCUUCAGGGAAAGUUUGGGGCUGCUCCCUGUCGGAAGAAUCGGUGUCCCUCGUGGGGGCAGCCCAGCAAGGUGAAUGGUGUGGGCACUAGGCAAGAGGGGGCUGGGCUGCUCUUUUCUUCAGUGUCCCCUAUUUCCUCCCGGAUUUCAGAGUUCCUGUCUCGGCAGCUGCAGGCCUACUGUCGGGGCGAAGGGCUGAGGACUGGCCUGAGGACACGGAGAGAGUAAAAGCGAGUGUUACCCGAACUUGCCUCUGACUGGGCAAAUUUGGUGUGCUACUGGGUCUAUGGAAGAAAGUAACCAGGAUGCCAGGAGGAAUUAUGAGCAAGGCUGGAUUGCCAGGGUGGAAUGGAACAGGAGAGCCUAGAGGGCUCUUCUCAUCCGGCUGUGGUUUCUGACCUUUGCAGACCCCAGCUCUGCUCAACUAUCCAGCCUUUGCAGUCACAGAAACUCUCUGGCUCAGGGACCCUGGUGGACUCAAACACCACACCCAACAUAAGGCUUGAACUCACAACCCUGAGAUCACCUGAGGAUCAAGAGUCAAUUGCUCUACAGAUGGAAACAGCCAGAUGCCCCAGAUCUUUCACUUCGCGGCCAGAGCCAACACACCAGGAGCCAGGCCUUUGGCACGACCUCCUGGUGGGACUAUGUGUGUUUUGCAGCGUAUACUGGAGAGCGGAAUUCCAGCUCCAGCAGGGUUGGGGGAGCAAUCAAGACCUCUCCCAUCCUGCCCGAUUUUCUCCUUUUCCCUCUGCCUAAGACCCAGGGCUGGGGCAGCUUCACAGGUCCUGGGAUGCAGCUAAUUCAAUUCAGUCCACUUCAGCAACACUGAUUAGGCACCGCCUGUGUGCCCGGGUCUGUAGCAGUAGAAUCUCCACCCUGACUGUGCAUUAGAAUCAUCCUGGAUGCCUUUAAAAAUGACUGAUGCUGGACCACCCCCUCCCCCAGGCCACUGGAAUCAGAGUCUCUGGGAGCAGUCUGGGCAUAAGUACUUACUAAUGUGCCUCAGACGAUCAUAACGCACAGUGGGGCUCAGAACAGCUGGUCAGAAGUGAGGGAGUCUAUCCUAAAUCCUACUCAGGCCAUCUCCCGAGUCCCUGCUUCCUUUCGGUCGGCCAGCUGUGGCAGUUCUGCUACGAGCCAGGCGCAGUCAUCAGGAAAUUCCCUGGGUAUCAUAACUCGUGACAGCCACAUCUAAUUAAUCAUCAACCUUGUAACAUGAUCCUGCCCAUAACGAGGGGACCUGCUGAGUCUUUGGAAACCUGUCCACUGGUCUUCUCCAGACAAUUCCUUCCAGACCCAGGGACCUGUGCCCGAGGACCCCAGGCUGAUGGGAGCCCAGCUCUGCUCUGAGGCUGGCCCCAAGGCGCCGCGAGAGACCCUCCGCUUCCACCUGGAGGCCAAGGGCGCGCAGGUGCGGCUGGACGCCCGCGGGAGCACCGCGCGCAGGCGCGCCACGUUCCACGACGGCAUCGUGUUCAGCCAAAGGCCGGUGCGGCCGGGCGAGCGGGUGGCGCUGCGCGUGCUGCGGCACGAGAGCGGCUGGUGCGGCGGCCUCCGCGUGGGCUUCACGCGCCUGGACCCCGCGCGGGUGUCCGCGCCCAGCCUGCCGCCCUUCGUGUGCCCGGACCUGGAGCAGCAGAGCCCGACGUGGGCGGCCGUGCUGCCCGAGGGCUGCGCGCUGGCCGGGGACGUAGUCCGCUUCUGGGUGACCCGGCGCGGCCGGCUCUGCGCCACGGUCAACGCGGGCCCCAGGCUCCUGCUGCGCAAGGGUGUGCUCAUGGGCGCCCCGCUCUGGGCCGUGAUGGACGUGUACGGGACCACCAAGGCCAUCCAGCUGCUGGAUCCCACAGCCAGUGUCUUCCCCUCAACCAUGCCACGGGCCGUCAGUGAUGAGACUCUGCAGCCUGAAGCCACAGCAGGGGAGGCGUGCAUCAUCUGCUUCCACCAUGCUGCCAACACCUGCCUGAUUCCCUGUGGCCACACACACUUCUGCAGCUACUGCGCCUGGAGGGUCUUCAGGGACUCUGCAAAGUGCCCUAUAUGUCGCUGGGAGAUCAAGACCAUGGUGCCUGUUCGGGGCCCUCCUACUCUGAGGACUGGAGAGGGCCUUCUGAUGCGGAUGGCAGAUUGAGUCUAGCUCCGAGGCUGGCCUCUGCAGAGGGAGGAGGUGCAGGUCCACUCGCCUUCUGGAGAAUAGUCAGAAGAGCUGGUCAACAACAAGGACAGCAGAGAGAGGAGGCAAUGACUCUUUCCCCCUCCCCGACAGAUUGGGGCCAGU